AUAACGAAACAAAAAGAUACUUUCUGACAGCUCAUAAAUGGUACUUGGCCGAUGAGCUUGCAAAAAUUCCCUGUUAAGUGAAGUAUUUACGAAUUAUCCAGUUGAUUUUCCAGACAUUCGAAGCAAAAGUUGUUGAAAAUGACUCUUGCUUCCAAGAUGGAGGUGGACCUUUCCAAAGGCGAGGGUUUCCGGUCGUACUAUAUUCAAAAAAUUGAAGAAUUACAGCUGAUUGUGGCCGAGAAAAAUCAAAACUUGCGUCGUUUACAGGCUCAACGAAACGAACUAAACGCUAAAGUGCGGAUGUUGCGUGAAGAGCUACAGCUACUACAAGAACAAGGAAGUUACGUGGGAGAGGUGGUAAAGCCCAUGGAUAAAAAGAAGGUUUUGGUGAAGGUUCAUCCGGAAGGUAAAUUUGUAGUUGACAUCGAUAAAAACAUUGACAUCAACGAUGUUACACCGAACUGUCGGGUUGCACUGCGAAAUGAGAGCUAUACAUUGCACAAAAUUCUACCAAACAAAGUCGAUCCGCUUGUGUCGCUCAUGAUGGUCGAGAAAGUACCGGAUUCGACGUAUGAAAUGGUUGGCGGGCUCGAUAAACAGAUUAAAGAGAUCAAGGAAGUAAUCGAGCUUCCCGUUAAGCAUCCAGAAUUGUUUGAUGCUCUUGGUAUUGCGCAGCCAAAAGGAGUUCUGCUGUAUGGGCCACCAGGAACAGGAAAAACCCUUCUUGCUCGGGCUGUAGCUCAUCACACCGAGUGUACAUUUAUUCGGGUAUCUGGUUCGGAGUUGGUACAAAAGUUUAUUGGCGAAGGAUCGCGAAUGGUACGAGAACUGUUUGUGAUGGCUAGAGAACAUGCUCCUUCAAUCAUUUUUAUGGAUGAAAUCGAUUCCAUUGGAUCAUCACGUAUUGAAAGUGGUAGCGGAGGUGAUUCCGAAGUCCAACGAACCAUGUUGGAAUUACUAAACCAGUUGGAUGGAUUCGAAGCAACUAAGAACAUCAAAGUCAUCAUGGCGACAAACCGUAUUGACAUCCUAGAUCCUGCUUUGCUGCGCCCUGGACGUAUUGAUCGCAAAAUUGAAUUUCCUCCACCAAACGAAGAAGCUCGGUUGGACAUUUUGAAGAUUCAUUCUCGCAAGAUGAAUUUGACCCGAGGUAUCAAUCUGCGCAAGAUAGCUGAACUAAUGCCAGGAGCAUCUGGAGCUGAGGUGAAAGGUGUCUGCACCGAGGCCGGAAUGUAUGCCCUGCGAGAGCGACGUGUUCACGUCACCCAGGAGGAUUUCGAAAUGGCGGUAGCGAAAGUGAUGCAGAAGGACUCGGAGAAAAAUAUGUCUAUCAAAAAAUUGUGGAAGUAAAUUGUAUCGCAUGGUUUGCCUUCACCAGUAGGAUUUUUACGAAACUAUAAUUGUCUUAAUUAUUUCAUUGUCGCAGAAUAACACUAAAUUGUACCCCAAAAGCUGAAUAAAUUUAGUUACUAAACCGA